CUUAAGAAAAUUUUAUGGUCAGUGGAAAGGGUAGUUGCCGCAAGAAGCACCAAAGACACUGACCGAUUCCGUUGGAGAAAUGCACCUUUUUUGGUGAAUCAAAUCUCUAUACCACCACCCGAUGCACUGGCCUGGUUUAUCUCUGAUGAAUACGUCGCCGAAAAUAAUGAAAACGAUCCCUCGUUGAGACCCGAUAGCGAUGCCAGAGUGACAGCUAAUAGCGAUGCCAAAACAACAGCCGAUAGCGACUACAAGCCUGUCGCUGGGAUGAGCAACAAUCUGCCCAAAAAAUAUAGAACAAGAAACAAGGGCAAAAAAACCAACGUAUGGUUGGAUGUUAUUCAUUCAUCCCAAG